AUGAGCUGGGCGUUCCUGACGAGAUUGCUGGAAGCCCAGUAUUCUACCUUGGUAAGGAACGGGUUGUCAGUGCUCGUUAUGUUCCGCCCAGUGCUGCUGGCCGUGGGCGGAGCGGCCAAUUACCGUGACAAACCGAGCGGAUUCGUGUGUAACACCCGGCAGCCAGGCUGCCAAAACCCCUGCUGUAACGCCUUCGCCCCCUUCUCCCACGUUUUCCAGAUCAUCCUGGGCCCUGCGCCUAACGUCCUCUACCUGGGCUUUGCGGUGCGCCACCAGUCCCGGACAGAGGACCAAGAGGAAGAAAAGAAGAAGAAGCCCCAGAAGUCUCCUGAUGAUGGUCUCAGGAGGAUCCGCGGGCUCCUGGGGGCCUAUGUUGGGCAGUUGUUGGUGCGGUCUGUCUUAGAGAUGGCCUUCCCACUGGGCCGGCUGUAUGGCCUGGAGGUGCCCCCUUCCUCUAUCUGCCAGAGCAGUCCUUGCCCUCACACGGUGGACUGCUUUGUGUCUCAUCCCCCGGAGAAGACCAUCUUCCUCCUAGUCAUGAAUGCAGUCAGUGGCCUCUGCCUCCUGCUUGUUCUUAUCGAGUUGCUGCACCUAGGUCUGGGAAGCUUGAAUGGUAGAUCCAAUUCCAUCCCACUUUCCUAUUCCAAGGGUCUCAAGCUGGAGCUGGAGCUGGAGCAAAUGCAGAAACGGCUGCAUCUGGUCCAGAAGCAAAUGCAUCUGAGCACCCCUCUGGCAACAGUGCCUGACAGUUCAGAUCAGCCGACAACCUACAAUAUCUCUACUCAGCCAAACUGAUACAAGCAAGCCAAGAAAGAGACCCAGCUCUCCAAGACAGGUACCUAAGGAUAAUCUGACCUGAAGGUCAAUCCAGAGCCAUCAAUCUGAAGAGCAAUAACAUUUUUGUUUUACUGCUUUUCCUUUCAGGUCCUCCUGGGACUCCAACAUAGAGGAUUUAAAGCCAUUCAAAGUGCUUUUUUUGAAAUUAUCUUUGGCUGGCUUCUCCAAAUGAAAAGAGUGGGAGUUUUGGGCUUGGAUUCAUGAAUUUAAAUCAUUUGCUACUUGCAAAUUAUUUAGAUUCCCAAGGCCCCAAUUUCCUCACCUAAAAAUGAAGAUUGGACCAAAUGACUGCUAAGAACCCUACCAGUUCUAAAUCUUUGGUCCUGUUAUUCUACAAUAUAGGUGAUAACUAACUUCAAAGAUGUUAAGAUUUAGCACUGAUUUAAAAGUGGCCGAGGUGAUAUUUAAAUCCUCUGUUUCCUGUCUCCAAAUUUGCCCUCAGGCUAGUCAAAGAGCCAAGCUGUUUCUUCCAAAUGGAAUUUCACCUACUCAUUUCUGUCACCACCCCCACUCCCGUUUCUCAUCUCACCAUCUGUUCUUUUUCAUGCUAAACUAGUUCUUUCAAGGCAGUGAUUUGGGUCUUUUUUGUUCCUUCACCCAAUGUUGUGCACAGAAUAGAAAAAUAACCCAAAUUCACAUUUAUGUAGUCAGUAAUGGCAUUUUGGUUCUUGGUGUUAGAAGACCUAAAUUUGAAUUUUAGCACUCACUUGAGUGUAUGAACUUAACCAAU